CCCCCCACGACAUGACACGGCUAUGGCGUCCACACAACAGCUCUUCAUCGCCAUGCUGAGGAGCGACUACAUCAAGGACGUCCUCUUCCCGCACCUGGCCACCGCCGACGUCUGCGCCAUCCGCGCGACCUCGUCCGCCUGCUGCAACCUCGUCACCAAGCGCCUCUUCACCCGCGUCCGCGUCACCUUCACCGCGGCCACCUUCACCCGGCCGGCGCGCAUCGCCGCCCUCGGCCGCAUCGGCCACCACAUCGAGCACCUCACCUUCCACUUUGCCCACUCCGAGGCCACCUUCCUACCGCCAUUGAUCCAUCCGCUGACGGGCGACGAGAUUGCCUUCCUGUACAAGCCGCACACGAGCAUGGGCUCGGCCCUGACGCGGCCCAAGUACGCCAACACGGAGCUGGGCGACAUCCUGACGCAGCAGUACCCGCCGCUCUUCCACGCGGCCACAAACGUCCCCAGCUUCAUCUACGCCCUGGGCCAUAUCCCAAACAUGCGGCACCUGACCAUCCGCUGCCCCGGCCAGGAUCCGCGCGAGCGGUACCGCAGGGACAUUGUGGACUACGCCCUCAUCAGCCUGCGCAUCGCCGUGGAGCGCGCGCCCAUGACCAAGCUCAACAAGCUGUCCCUCUCGUCCCUGCACCCGUCUGCGUUCAACUACCUCCGGUACAUCAACGGCAUAGGCAGCGUGCCGUCUGCGAGCCGCAGGUGGCACCAGAUCACCAAGCUGCACAUCUCCGUCGAGGCGUGGGACUUUUACGGCCCCUGCCCGGGGCUGGACCACCUCAAGGUCCUCGACGACUACAUCCGCAACUUCGCCCCGGGGCUGGAGAAGCUCACGUUCGCCUGGGUCGGCGCCAAAGGGCCGUGUCCCAUAGCCCUCUCUGCCGACCCCCUCUUCGCGCCGCCUCGCAGCGCCAAGAAGCUCUUCCACGAGGUCACCUCCCCCAUGUCGCCGCUGCCCACGCGGCCUCCGCGCUGCCCCAUCCACUUCCCCAAGCUGCGCUACCUGCAGAUCCGUAAUGCCACCAUGAAUUCCACCCAGCUGCGGGGCCUGAUUGCCGCUCACCAGGGCACCGUCAAGCAGUUUGGCUUCGAGAGCGUCGUCCUCGCGAACAAUGGCAGCUGGGAGGAGGCUCUCGCGCCUGUAGACGGGGACGACAACUGGUCCCGGAGCAGCAUCAAGGCGCCCUCGGCGAUUUCUGUCGUAACCGGCGCGAGUGAAGAAGCCUUGCCCAGUCCUAGUGCGGCUGUUGAGGCUGCUGGUAGGGACCUGAUGGAUCUCGACCUGGACGGCCUCAUACUCAGCGACGAGGAAAGAGAUGUAAUAGUCCAGGGGCUGUUGAUGAGCGACAUGCCCGAGCCGAAAGAUUCUGAACUGAGCUUCUCCACAAAGAUCACGCGGAAGCGUGUCCGUCGACGCCAUAGAAAGCACUCCAAGACGGAGGCUGGAGAGCGAGCUCCCGAGACCCCGUCUCCUCUAUCGCCCCCUCCGUCCUCUCACAGCAACAAGUCGCUCAAGAUGCGCUUCAGAUUCUCUUCUGGUGCCAGCCAGAUUGCCUACUCUGCCAUCCCCGAGCCCUUGUCCAUCAUAACGUCUCCCAUCAUGACGUCCGAGCCCCAGCCCGUCCUCCUCCAGCCAACUGUCUACUCCCCCUCCUCCCACCGCCAGGCCGGUCCCGACGAGGGCAUCUCCACCGUGCAACGCAACCUCGAGCAGGAAAAAGCGCAUCGGCUAUUUGCUGAGGACGCAGACGCCAGGGCGAGCGCCUUGCAUAAGGCCAAGGAGGCCGUGCUGGCAAAGCUCAGCAAGGAGUUCUACAACAGCAACAAAAAGGACAGAGGUACGGAUGCGACGUCUGUGUGCCGGUAUAUGGGCGCCAGAGAGGCGAGUGGAUGCAGCGGAGAGAUGGUGAUGGAAGACUGGAGGGGGUUGGACAGUAGGACGGCGUUGGUGCCCUUAAUGUUUAGUCGGACUUAG